CGAUACAGUAGCCACUGGCCACAUAUGGCGAUUAAAACGUAAUUUAACGAAAAGUAAACAAACUUCAGGGGCGCCUGGCACAGUUAGGUGGGGCGCGUAAUUCUUGAUCUCGGGCUCAUGAGUUCAAGCCCCCCACUUUAAAAAAAUGAAAGCAAAACAAAAACAAAAAGAGUAAAAUCCUGUUCCUCAGUCUCAGCAUCUACAUUUCAAGGGCCCAAUAGGCACGGGUGGCUACUAUAUUGGACGGCACAGAUUCAGAACAUUUCCAUCGUCGCAGAAAAUCCUGAUGGACGGCAGUGCUUUAUUUAGAGUUUAGCGAAACUUUUCCUUUCCCUCGUCGCCCAAACCCACCAUCGUCAAAGCUCCCACAGAACCCGGAGAACUUCGUUGUUUUUAGUGUGACUGAGAGGUCACCCUCUGGGGAGGAGGGAAGGUGUAGGGGUACCCUUUGCCUGAUCACCCCAAAACUGUGAGAUAGAGCCUCGCCCUCAGUUUUCUCAAUCAAGUCUCUUGGGUCACAGCCAGAUAUAUGGGAACCUGCCUCCCCAGUUCUGGGCUGUGUUUUGGGGCUCGAGGUGGCCGAGGGAGAAGGGUUCUCUUUGUCAAUGACUGGGAACCCCUGAUUUCUGGGCUCCCCAAAUUGAGCUCUGGAUUCUGAGAGGUCCCCUCCACGGGCCACUAUAAUUUUUCUCGGUGUCUCUGCUUCAUUCUCUUGCCAUUGACUCAGGCUUAUCUCACUUCAGACCCAGUCCCCAGGGUGGGAGGAGAGGGGAGGGCACCUGGUCCAGCCAUGGGUCGCUCUGAGCUGUGAGCCUGUCCCUGGUUUCCUGUGGCUCUGUCUUCUCGUUCUGGCUCCUAGUCUCAUCCCCGACUUAAGCUGUGCCUCUGAUAGCCGUGGUAACUGAAAGCCAUUUUUUCUCUUGAUAAUUUCCCCUUGCCCUGCCCCAGCCCAGCUGGGAUUUUCCUCUGGACUUGAUUUUUUGGUCCUGAUAACUCUUCCAUGUACAUACACGAGCUGGCAGAUGUCAAAGUGGUUUUUUUUUUUUCCCUGCCCUCACUCGUGUCUGAGGUGGGCAUCAUUAAUAUGCAGGUCCCUUCCCUGAGCCAGAUGUGUAUUCCUGGGUCACCUCCUGUGUGUUCUUGCUUACCCCUGACUCCAAAGAGAUGCCUCCCCACCCAGCUGUGAGCCGCUUUCCAACACCCCUCUGGCUCAGCUCUAUCAUGGGCAACCUUCGUAGGCUGCAGUCUCUUCUCUAAAAUGCAGUUAUGGGGGGCACCUGGGUAGCUCAGUCGGCUAAGCACGCCAGUCCACUCAGGUCACGAUCUCGAGGUUUGUGAGUUCCGGCCCCAUAUUGAGGGGUCUUCACCGACAAUGCUUGGGAUUCUCUCUCUCUCAAAAUAAACUUAAAAAAUAAAAUAAAAUGCGGUUAGGAUCGCAUGGGCGAACCCUCCUAGGUCUAAGCGAUUAGGGCUCCUCCACUCACACAAGGGAUCCGGAGACCCCUAUUUCUCCCCGGGCUCUGGGGUGUGUCCCCCACUAUUAUCUGCUGUUCAGAUCCAUCCUCUGUCCCAACCCCACGGGAUCUUUUUGUGCCUGGCUGACCUGGGCUCGAAAGUCACGAACAGUUGAUCUCCAUAGAAACUACAACUUCCAUCAGGCACUACUUCAGCGGAACAGGAAAGGAUGUGGGGGCGUGGCCCCAACGCCCUGGUAGCUCGGAAGACAAACUACAACCCCCAGGACAGCGCGAGAUCUCAGCAGAGGGAAGAGUGACUGAGCUCUGGCUGGAGGCGAGGCCGGCCCGGAACCACCAGGCCGGCCGCCAGAAGGGGGCGUGGUCGCCAUGGGGGGCGUGGCCCUAGGAGCUACAGGAAGAAGACACCUGUUGAACCUUUCCAUCCGUUCCCUUCCCAGCCCUUGCAGCUGCCCCUGAGAGGGAAGCCGCAGGCCACAAGCCUCUUCCCUUCCCAAAUAGGUGAGUGGAGGUAGACAAGGGGCGGCGGCGGAGACUAUUUCAUCCCGCAGGAGGGGCCUAACGGCUACUUUUUACCUGCUGAGUCAGGUGAGCCGCUCCACGGGGGCGGGGACCAGCGUGUGAGAAAAGGGCAACGCCGGAGGAGGUAUUUACUGGUUCGUUUUCAAGACUAAAUUUAGAGCCCUCCAUCUGCAGACCCAUUGACGAACUGUGCUUGGGCUCGCUCCGCCUGGGGAAGCGAGAAGAACGCGGGCGACUUUUUGGCAGCAAAGGAACGGCCCGUCUAAGCUUCCUCCCGUCCGUGUUUUCCCCUAGCCCCAAACGAUUGAGCUGCAUGGCUUCCGCGGUCUGGGGUGCGCCCUGGUGGGGCCCGCCGCCCCCAGCCCCCGCCCGGCCGCUCACGGACAUCGACUUUUGCUCUGGGGCGCAGCUGCAGGAACUAACCCAGCUGAUCCAGGAGCUGGGUGUGCAGGAAAGCUGGAGUGACGCGCCCAAGCCGGGGCCAGACCUCCUCCGGGCCAAGGACUUUGUCUUCUCUUUGCUGGGUCUUAUUCACCGCCGGGAUCCCCGCUUUCCUCCCCAAGCGGAGCUCUUGCUGCUUCGUGGCGGGAUUCGCGAGGGCUCCCUGGAUCUGGGACCUGCACCCUUAGGUCCCUACGUCCGGGGACCUCAUUACGACGCCGGCUUUACACUCCUAGUGCCCGUGUUUUCGCUAGACGGCACCGGGCAGGAGCUGCGACUGGACGUGGACUCCUCUUACGCGUGGCUGUGCCUCCCAGAGCGCAUACGCGGAACCUCGGUCCGGGAGGCAUGGCAGGAUUGCCUAGGACCUCCAGUCCCAGGAGGACGUGAUUCCACCCACCGAACCGAAAGUGAAGGAAGUCCCAAGAGCCAGCAAAGCUCCGUGGACCAGCCGCACGGUUCUGUCACUGAGGCUGAUCCAAACGUGGCUUUGGAAAAAUCACCUCCUAACGUUUCGGGGCAAGAGCCGCCUGGGCAAGGCAUCAUGGAUCUUGGCUUUCCCACCCCGCUGGAAAACCUGAAUGGUGACGUCACGAAAGCAGCCGUCGUUAGCCCAGGCCUGCAGCAGACGGAGGGGUGGGAGGCAUGGCCCACACUUUGCCCCGCCCAGGUGGCCGCGUGGUUCUUUGCCUCACUGGCCGCGGUCGCCGAGUCCCUGUGCCCGGUCCCGGGUGCCCCGCGCUUGGUUCACGCAGCCCGCCACGCGGGAUUCACCACCGUCCUCCUGGCUACGCCGGAGCCCCCGCGCCACCUCCUGCUCUUCGACCUGAUUCCCGUGGUGUCGGUGGCCGGCUGGCCCGAGGGCGCUCGGAGCCACUCGUGGGCCGGCCCGCUGGCCUCCGAGUCGUCAUCCUUCUACCUGGUGCCUGGCGGCCACAGCGAGCAGCCAGGCGCCUCCGGCUGGCAGCUCUGCUUCGCCCGCCAGGAGCUGGCGCUCAAGGCGCGCAUACCCGCUCCGCUGCUGCAAGCGCACGCGGCGGCCCAGGCGCUGCUGCGCCCGCUGGUGGCCGGGACCCGGGCCGCGGCGCCCUACCUCCUGCGGACGUUGCUCUACUGGGCGUGCGAGCGGCUGCCCGCGCUCUAUCUCGCGCGGCCGGAGAACGCGGGCGCCUGCUGCCUCGGGCUGCUGGAUGAGCUGGGCCGUGUGCUCGAGGCCGGGACGCUGCCCCACUAUUUCCUGAGCGGCCGAAAGCUCCGUGCGGGGGAUGGCGCCGCUGGGCUGCUCGGGGCGUUGGCCGGGCUCCGCGGGGACCCUGCCCGCGCCCUGCGCGCCGCGGUGGAGGAGGCCAAGGCUGCGCGCAAGGGGGGCGGCUUAGCUGGCGUGGGAGGCGGGGCCCAUUAAAGACGCUGCUCCUA